GCCCGAGCCGGGCUCCGAGCCGGGCUCCGCGCCGCACGGACGGCUGAGCCCCCGCGCUGCCAUGGAGCCGCAGGCACGCGGCCUGUUGGAAACUCAGUCGUUGCAUGAAGUAGAUGAAGAUGUGGUCGCUGAUGUUGAUUUCACCAGUGUGAUUUCUGAAGAAGAAAAAGAAGAGUUAAAGACUGAGCUAGCCAARCUAGAGGAUGAAAUUUCAACUUUGCGGCAAGUGUUAGCAGCCAAAGAGAAGCACCUGGUUGAAAUUAAACAAAAACUUGGCAUAAGUCUGAUGAAUGAACUGAAGCAGAACUUUAGCAAAAGCUGGCAUGAUAUGCAGACAACUUCUGCUUACAAGAAAACACACGAGACCCUGAGCCAUGCGGGRCAAAAAGCAACAGCAGCUAUCAGCAACGUAGGAACAGCUAUCAGCAAGAAGUUUGGAGAUAUGAGAUCGCAUUCAAUUAGCUACUCUAUCCGCCAUUCCAUAAGCAUGCCUGCAAUGAGGAAUUCUCCAACUUUCAAAUCGUUUGAGGAGAAGGUUGAAACWACUGUCACAAGCCUUAAGACCAAGGUUGGUGGGACAGGCCACACAGGAAGCAGUUUUGAAGACGUUCUGAGCUCUACAGCCCAUGCCAGCGCUCAGAGYUCCCUUGCUGGCACCCGACUCCCAGAAAGUGAAGAAGAGCUCCAGUGUUAAACAGCAGGCCCWCCUGAGCCUCACAUGCCUCUCUUCAGAGACUUGCCCAGUGAUUUUCAGCUCUCCCUCACCACACUUGUGCAAGAAGCUUUUGUCAGCUUUGGAAAAUUGCCUYCUGGUCUUGCAUUGGAGAAAUGUUUCCUCUCCCUAUUUCUAUCUUAGAUGGGCCAUUUUGUCAUCAGGUACUUUGUAUAUCUUCAAAACCACAUGCAAUCAUUGGCUAUAAUGUGCUAAAUGCUGUGUUAAGUGACUAAAAUAGUUUUCAGUUACAUGUGGCCCCCCCUCUAACAAUCUCCCAGUCUCUAUUUCUUAUUUAUUUUGGUUUAUACUCUUUCUUAUGUGUUGGGUUUUGGCUUCCCUCUCAGUGCCACAUCAGACAGAUGGACCUAGAGCUGUGCAAAGYGUUCAGCUGCCAGCAGUAGCCCGUACACCAGCUGUCUACCAUYCAUACCAGGUGCCCUUUGCUCAGGAGUGGCUGUACCAUGAUCUGUUUCCUAACAGAAUUAAAACCUGUCAUAGAAAGUUCUUUCUCCUUCACUGGUACAGUCUGGCAUUGGCCUCCACCUGUUAAGGCAGAGUUAAGGAGGGCAGAAGAGACACCCAGUUAUUCACACAGAAACUGAACUCUAUCACAGCUGCUGAUUUCAGAUGGUCAUGGUGGCUGAAAAAGUUUCAAUUUCAAAAUGUGCACCAUUGCUUGCUCUCUUAGGUUUGUUAAGACUUGGCAGUGUAAAUUGAUUUUUUUAAAAUCCAGUGGAGUGGAGGGAACCUCKUAUCUUUUUCCCUCUGUAUCUUCCCCUCAAAACCAAGGGGAACCAAAACCAACUCAUGAGCUUCAGUCAAGAUACAGCCUUAAGUGAAAGAAUACAAAYCCAACAUUUGACUUCACACGUGCCAUAGGUUAGAGAGCUCACGGCCUUUGGAGCUGCUGGCAUAGACCCUGUUACCUGACUAUACACAGGGUAAGUAAGAACUUCACUUUUGGUCUCAAAAUUUGUUGUGCUUUGCUCCAGGACGUAAUUCCACCAACUCCAUCAUCUGCUCAACCACCUAGAGCCAGACCUCUCUCAGCUUUGAUUCAGCAUGUUUUCUGAAGUGCAUUCUUUUAACAUUUUUUCUAAGGAAAGAGCAGCACAUUUGUGACACUAUCUUGCUGUCUAGUGAGCACAUGUCAGUCCGCAUGUUGCAUUGCCCAGCUCCCCAGACACUGGUGAGCACAAGGUUAUCAAUAAACGGGAUGGAAAAGAGCCUGGCGACUUUAAAAAGGAAUGCAUUUUUUGAGCAUACGCCAAAGCUUCAAAUCAGUGUUAGUGAGUUUGACAUUACAGACUGCUUAAAAUCUUGUGAGAAAAUGUGGCUUUAAGUGAUUUUUUUUCUUGUGUGGCUUUUGUUAGUUUUUACAAAGUUGAAAGUCCUUUUGUAAUGUUCUACUGGACAUAAGUUAACUUUGGACAUUUAUAUAACAUGCCUCUUUAGUGUGAUUUUUAGCAUGGWAGCAAAUCUAAUUGUUUUCUAGUAUUGACAAUUUUCUAGCUUAUUUUACAUGGUUUUGUGCAUAAAUGUGUAUUUAUUUAAAGUGGAAGUUAUUAAUGGACAACUUAGUUUACG